AUGUUCACUAUUGCUUUUUUCAUCCUGUCUUUGAUGACUUGUCUGCCUGGGGUAACCACACAGGAGAAGAUGAACCGAGAGAGCCGGGAAGCUUCCUCCCCUGCACCAGUUCCCUGCCAGCUGAGCAAAUGGUCUGAGUGGACAGGCUGUUUCCCAUGCCAGAACAAGAAGUACCGACACCGGAGCCUUCUGAAACCCAACAAGUUUGGGGGAAGCAUCUGCAGUGGCGAUAUGUGGGAUCAAGCCAGCUGUCACAGUCCCACAGCUUGUCUAAGUCAAGUGCAGUGUGGACAGGAUUUCCAGUGUAAGGAGUCAGGUCGCUGCCUAAAACGCCACCUUGUGUGUAACGGAGACAUGGACUGCCUUGACGGCUCUGAUGAGGAAAACUGUGAAGAUGUCAGGGUCACUGAAAGUGACUGCAGCCACUAUGACCCAAUUCCCGGGUCGGAGAGGGCAGCCUUGGGGUAUAAUAUCCUGACCCGGGAAGAAAGGCAGAGUGUGUAUGAUGCCAAGUACUAUGGAGGCCAGUGUGAACCAGUGUACAAUGGGGAAUGGCGCGAGCUUCGCUAUGACCCUGCCUGUGAGCGCUUCUACUACGGAGAAGACGAGAAGUAUUACCGGAAACCCUACAACUUCCUGACGUACCACUUUGAAGCUCUGGCAGAUACCGCAAUCUCCUCAGAGUUGUAUGAUGAUAUAACUGACCUUCUGACUCGACUAAAAGACGACAACUUUGUGUCUGCUGGUGUGACCAUUGGUGUAAGCCCUGCAGGCAGCCCAUUCAUGGUGGAAGGAGGUCUAUCUGGAUCAAACGACAAAUCCCUCUUGAAAAUGUUAACCCAGUACAAUAAUAAGAAAUAUCAAUUCAUGAGAAUUUUCACAAAGGUGCAGACUGCUAGUUUUAAGAUGAGGAGAGACAAUAUCAUGCUGGAUGAAGGAAUGCUGCAGGCAUUGAUGGAGCUUCCAGACCAGUACAAUUACGGCAUGUAUGCCAACUUCAUCAAUGACUACGGUACCCACUACAUAACUUCUGGAUCUAUGGGUGGCACUUAUGAAUUUAUCUUGGUACUUAACAAAGAAGAAAUGGCUUCAUCUGAUAUUACUGGUGAAGACAUCAAGAGCUGUUUUGGAGGUCAUGUGGGCCUUACCUUUGCCAAACAUAAUGUAGAAAUUGGAGGAAAGUUAUCAGGGAAAACCUGUGAAUCGUUUGGAGAUGGCAAUACAGAAUCAAAGAGGAACAAUACCGUUGUGGAAGACAUCAUCUCCCGGGUGAAAGGUGGCAAUGUUGACUGGGGUGGUGGCUUGAUGCAGAACAGCAGCAUCAUCACAUAUCGUUCCUGGGGGAGGUCAUUAAAGUAUAAUCCUGCUGUUAUUGAUUUUGAGGUGCAGCCCAUUCACGAGAUCCUGCGGCGCACGAGCCUGGGGCCCUUGGAGGCCAAACGCCGGAACCUACGCCAGGCCUUGGACCAGUACCUGAUGGAGUUCAAUGCUUGCCGCUGCGGGCCCUGCUUCAACAAUGGGGAACCCAUUCUCGAAGGCACUAGCUGCAGGUGUCAGUGCCCCCUGGGUCGCAGGGGGCAAGCCUGUGAGCGAAUGGAGCAGCCAGGGGUCAAGGCAAAUGGUCGCUGGAGCUGCUGGAGCGCCUGGUCUCCUUGCAGAGCAGGCACCCAAGAAAGGAAGAGAGAAUGCAACAACCCGGCACCCAAGAAUGGAGGGGCCUCAUGCCCAGGGUGGAAAGUGCAGAGCCAGGCUUGCUGAGUGGCUCU